AUGAAGGACAACAAGCCCGGACCUAACUUCAACGCCAAUUUUAUUUCGUACGAUAUUCACACGUACUACAACCAAAACUAUGAGGGCUCACGCCAGGAGGCCAAGGCUUUGUACGACAAGCUUGUUGAAGACUUUUCAGACGAAAUUGCCAAGGGCGAGCUCAAUGUUUAUGACCUGGUGGAUGAACCUGCUGGUAUCCACCCCAUUGGCAUGUGGGAGAUUGACUUUAAAAGUCCCGAGUUGUUUUCUCGGCUGGUUCCUUGGUACCAGUGGAAUCACGGUAACUUAUCUGUCCUUGUGCACCCUUUCUCAUCCAAAGGUGCUCGUGCAGAUCAUACUAAUCACGCUUUGUGGAUUGGUGAUCGUGUGAAUCUCAUCAAGGACAAGUUGUAA